CGGGGCGUUCGUUUUUCAAAACCAUCGCUAGUCACUUCCCUCUCAUUACCGGACGGGAACCUCGCUCGCUCCCUUCUCCGCUUUCUUAUCCGGACCGCCUCUUGCCAAUCUCACCGUCGAUUCUAACCCGUCCUUAUCCAGUCAUCCAACCCUACUAUUGUCGGCUUACACGUCGAUCCCCAUUCUCGUUCGAGAUGGGCAAUUCUCAGGCAAAAGAGAGCCGGCCGCUUGCUUCGUCCAGUCGCCGCAGUCAUCACCAUGGCCCAUACGGUGACCGCCACCAUGGUGAUGGUUCCAGGUCGAAUCGGGGUAGCCGCCCCGAUCUGUCCCUGCUCGGAAUAGGCGGAAGUUCCGAGCGAGAUUUGGCCACGCUCGAACAUCGACGAGAAACAAGGCAGGAACGAGAGGCUCGUCGCCUAGAGAAAGAGCGGGUAGCUCGGCUCAAGGAGCGGGAGCGUAGUAUGAGAGAAGAACAUGUGGACGGUGGUUAUCUGGUGACCCAAGGUGUCUAUACGGGCCCAGAGGAUUUUAACAAGGCUGUGGUGCGACAGCUAAUGAUCGAACGACGACUUGCGCCGUUUUGGAGAGGACUGAAUGACUUCUCGGACUCGUGGACAGAGCACCAGCUUAUGGCUGCGGCGCGCGGUCUUCCCAUACCCCCUCCCGAUGAGAUCCCCCCUGAGCUGGAAUAUAAGAACCCACCCAAGGCCGCAGAAGACGCAAAGGAGGCUUCGGAUUCAGCCGCAGUGCAAUAUUUGAUGGUCCCCAUAACGUCAAGAUCGCAGUCAUACGGAUCCGAUGCUUCCCAGUCUUCCACGCCCGCACAUUCCCUCCCCUCCCCAACAUCUCCUAUCGCGUCCGGCACAUCGAGCUCACCACUGUUUAGAGCGCGAGCCAAGACUCUUGCGUCGCUAACCACGCCGAAGCAUGGAAUCCAGUCUGAUGCGGCUUCACGUGAAAUGCAGUUGCCUCGUGACCCGUUUGUGAACGGACAACCCAUUGAAGCAUACCUAUAUAAGGACGCGGCGGAAUGUCCUAUCUGUUUUCUGUACUAUCCUCCGUAUCUCAAUCGGACGAGGUGUUGCGACCAGCCAAUAUGCUCCGAAUGUUUUGUUCAGAUUAAACGUCCCGACCCUCAUCCGCCGGAGCAUGGGGAUUCUAACCCGGAUUCUGCUCCAGCUGAGGGUGGUGAACAAGCCGAAAGCCAAGACUGUCAGCUAGUAUCGGAACCAUCGGCAUGUCCAUUCUGUGUCCAGCCGGAGUUUGGGGUGACAUAUGCGCCCCCGCCGUUCCGGAGAGGGCUAGCGUACGCUUCUGAUCCGAGCUCGCGCCCCAAUGUGGCCUCUCCACUGUCUUCCACAUCCUCCCUAUCCUCCGGGAACACCCCCACCACCGGUCGUCGACGCGCGACCUCGUUAUCUGCAAACGACCCAACUGUGAUCACUACCGAUAGGAUUCGUCCCGACUGGGCUCAGAAGCUUGCCAAUGCUCGAGCUCAUGCGGCGCGGCGGUCGGCAGCAGCUACUGCCCUUCAUACUGCAGCUUACUUGAUGCACUCUAACGGCGCUGGGAAUGAUUCCCGGAUUGGUCUGGGAAGAAGGAGUGUCAUGCGGAGAAACGGCGCGCCCGAAGCCCAGAAUUCCAACGCGCGCACCGGAUCCCCGGCGCUGCAGGCGCUGGCGUUCCUCACGGAUAGGCGUGGAGCUGGCCACGAGGCCGACUCGGCGGAAGAAGGGUCCGGUAACAUCGCGCCACCUCGCCAGAGCUCGAGGCGGAAUCGCAUAGACGAUCUGGAAGAGAUGAUGAUGAUGGAGGCGAUCCGACUAAGUCUAGCGAGCGAGGAAGAACGGCGCAAGAGGGAGGAGAAAGAGGCCAAGAAAGAGGCCAAAAGAAAGGAGAAGGAAGCCAAGAAGGCAGAAAAGGUUGCGCGCAAAACCGGGCUCACCAGUCACAAUGCGAGCAGCUCCGCCUUGGAUGUGCCUCCGGAUGCGCGGCUGGGUAGGGUUACCAGCAGUUCCUCUUCCAUUGCGGCUGAGGAGCUUGUAUCAGCCGGCAAGGGUAAGGAGGUAGACCGCUCUGAACCAGCUGGUGGCUCCGCCGCUGAAGCCAGUGCUGCGGCCGAGGAAGUGCAGGCCGCGGCAGCAUCGGCAAGCGCGGCCGACCAAGCGCCGAGUAUGUCACCUCCAUCAGUUGUCCAGUCGUCUUUCAAAGAUGUCACGAGGCCUUCGCAUCUUCGGCAUGUUUCCAGCGCAUCGUCAUCGUUCUCCUCGCUGGUCGAAUCGAUGUCGGAAGACCAUGCGGGCUCGGCUGAGGGAGCAGGCUCCUUUGCAGAGCCCCUUUACAAUUUUCGCAGCUUGGCAGCCGUGAUCGGGGAUGAAGAGAAGGGCGAUGAGGCACCGGAGCAUGUUGAAGAGAGCCCGGCCAAGCCGAAUGUGGAGGGAUCAGCCUCGCAGCCGGUGGCAGAGGCAUCCGUUGCUGAACCCACAACCACCACCGAGGCUAAGGUACCCAUGGAGGAGCAGCGCGACAGGCUGAUGCCGAAAGAGCUGGAGACCCAAUCCGUCGAAAUUACGAGUGCCACACAUGAUACGGAGACUACGUCGUGAAGCUGCCAAC